AGAAGAAAACAGCAGAAGAGAUGGAGCAGCAGUUCCAGAACACAUCCUCAGUCGAUUACAGUUUAAAGGAUGGGGAAACCAUUGUAAUCCAAAUAAAGAAUAAAAGCAGCCAAGGUGUGAAGUCGAAAAUUCUUGAGCAUGGCAUGAACAAUCUUUCACUAGAAGAUAAGGGCAAUUCCAAAGAGCCUAUACUUCCCAUCAAACCACCACCACCACCUCCUUCAUCACCGCAUUCUCCUGUUUUGUCACCUGUACCUGCUGUUCAGAAAUCUCAAUCGACCUCGCCAUCAAACCCGAGUCAUGAAGGAGCUCCUAAACCAAAUUCUCCAGACUCAGUAAAACAAGAAGCGAAAGAACAGCAUUCCCCAGAAGCCGAAAGCGGAGAAGAUGCAACAGACGAUGAUUUUGGAGAUUUUCAAGCUGCAGGGUAAAAUGGUUUGUGAAACUAAUCUUGUACUCAAAAUUUUAGAUUUGCCCUUGAUUAUGAACACUUUUGCAUUGUGAGGUUUCGAAUUAGAUUGUUACUUGAUAAUCUUUAUUCACUUUCAGUAAAUAUUUGGGGAAUGUUAUACAGCAUGAAGUUAACUACAGUUGCCUUGUGCUUUUCUUGA